AUGGGACGGAACUCCACCAGUGUUCUUCUCUCUCUUCUUCUCCUCAUCGUCUUAGCCGUCCCACAGAUCUCCGUCGCUCAAGACUCACCCGGAGACUUCGUCAACGCCCACAACGCCGCCCGCCGGCAAGUUCGCGUCGGACCAAUUGCAUGGGACCAAAGGCUGGCCUCCUACGCUCGCAACUACCUGAGCCGCUUGAGAAACAGCUGCCGGAUGGUUCACUCCGGCGGCCCCUACGGAGAGAACCUCGCCUGGGGCAAACCCGACCUGACCGGCACAGCCGCCGUCAACAUGUGGGUCAGAGAGAAGCGAUUCUACGAUUAUAAGUCCAACUCGUGCGUGGGAGGAGAGUGCAGGCACUACACUCAGGUGGUUUGGCGUAACUCGGUUCGACUCGGUUGUGCGAAGAUGAAGUGUAACAACAAUCGUGGGACUCUUAUCAGCUGCAACUAUGACCCUCCGGGGAAUAUUACUGGUCGGCGUCCUUAUGAUAAUCCUUUCUUCCAAGUCCCACUCAGCUUCAGAAAGGGUUUGCAAGAUGAUUAUUAAGUGGCACUUCUGGAGUUUGAGUUUGUGUUCGUGUGCAUGAAUAAAACGAAGAAGCUAGCUAGGCUUAGCUGGGUUGAUGAUCAUGUGUGUGGGUGUGUGUGUUUUCAGAUACGUAUAUCUCGGUGCGUGAUUUGGUUUUGAUCAUCAAUGAAAUAAAAGUUUGACGGUGAUAGAUGUGAGUUUUCGAUCGUUCUCAAGAUCAUACCUCAUAUCUUUGAUGAAUUAAGCAAUUUUAUUACUUGUUCAGAA